AGACCCAUCUAAAGUCUGCAGCAAAGGCACCCACACACGGCGUGAUUUAGUUUCUCCGCCGUAAGGAGAACCUGGGUUGGCGACCUGGGUCGCCAGGUUCCCGCCGCGCUCCUGAAGAUAAGGGCGGGCGGGGCGCCACGGGGGGGCCGCUAUAAGGAGGCCGGGGCGGCUGGCGCGGCCCCUAAAGCACGCCACGCCAGCGUCAUGCUCAGCGCCCAAGAGCGCGCCCACAUAGCACAGGUCUGGGACCUGAUCGCCGGACACGAGGCGCCCUUCGGGGCGGAGCUGCUGCGCAGGCUCUUCACUGUGUACCCUAGCACCAAGGUCUACUUCAGACAUCUGGGUGACCACCCAGACGAGGUGCAGCUGCUGAGCCACGGUCAACGCAUGCUCCAGGCGGUGGGCGUGGCCGUGCAGUACAUGGACAACCUGCGCGCAGUCCUGAGCCCGCUUGCCGACCUGCACGCACAAGUGCUGCGCGUGGACCCCACCAACUUCCCACUGGUGAUCCAGUGUUUCCAGGUGGUGCUGGCCUCCCACCUGCAGGGCGAGUUCACGGUGGAGAUGCAGGCGGCGUGGGAUAAGUUCCUGACGGGCGUGGCCGUGGUGCUGACGGAGAAGUACCGCUGAGUUCCAUGCCCCGCGGGUCUAGGUCUGCGAAAUUCAAUAAACAGGCCUCAGUAGGCUGGAACC